UGCGUGACUUGUCGCUGCUCUGCAUGUCACGUGAUCGCUUGGAAGCGAGGAGAGGAAAAUCGGGUGACAAAAGACCUGUAUAAUAUAUUCACCAAUGUUUUGAGAGCGGGCAUUUAUACGGAAACAAUCCGCCGGCGUUAUACACAAAAACACUCCAAAGGUGGAUAUUUCGAUUGUUGGCGGUUUAAGUACUUUUGACGAGUGAAAUCAACUUUUGACAAAUGUAAGAAGGAUCGAUUUUUAAUCGAAGUGUAAAUGCAGCUUAUAGAUUUUCGCCUUCAUCUAGAAUCAAACUUGCGAUACUAGUAUAUAGUUCAAUCAUUGCAACAACAAAAAAUGGCUGUUCGGCACCUCGGUGAGUUUGUCGUGAUUGUAUACCUGACGUUGGUCACAUCUGGGUCCUCAUACGCGGAACAAUUACCCAAUGUCGUGUUUAUUCUCGCUGACGAUUACGGAUUCAACGACGUCGGCUACCAUGGUCAAUCGCACGGGUCUGCGAUACUGACGCCGAACCUUGACCGGCUCGCAGGCGAGGGUGUUAAGCUAGAGAACUACUACGUUCAACCGAUCUGCUCUCCAACGAGGAGCCAGCUCAUGUCAGGGAGAUACCAGAUCCACACGGGUCUCCAACACGGCGUGAUCAGACAUGCCCAGCCGAACUGCCUCCCGUUGGAUGAAGUCACGCUCCCGCAGAAACUUAAGGAAAGUGGAUACGCCACCAACAUGGUCGGUAAAUGGCAUAUCGGCUUCUACUUGGAUGCUUGCACGCCCACCGAAAGGGGCUUCGAUUCUUUCUUUGGGUUCCUGGUAGGAGGUGAGGACCACUACACGCACUCGGGCCACUGCGAGGUCUACAAUGCAGACGAUGGCAGUACCAAGACCCUAUCAGGACACGACCUACACGCGAACAAGACACCGGUCUUCGAUUACGAAGGACAGUAUUCCACCCAUCUCUUCACGAAUAAAACAAUUGAUGCCAUAGAGAGGCAUGACAAGACAAAGCCACUCUUCAUGUACCUGGCAUAUCAAGCUGUACACCUACCUUUGCAAGUACCUGACAGAUACAUGGACCCAUACAAGAACAUCGCCGACGAAAACAGACGUACCUAUGCUGGUAUGGUAUCUUGUAUGGAUGAAGGUAUAGGAAACGUCACAAGAGCUCUCAAGGACGCUGGUCUUUACGAUAAUACCAUCAUAAUAUUCUCAACAGAUAACGGUGGUCCAAUCCAAAGCGGUGCCAACAAUUGGCCACUACGGGGAAGCAAAGGAAACAUGUGGGAAGGAGGGAUUCAUGGAGUAGGGUUCGUACACAGUCCGCUUCUACCAACAUCAGUCAAAGGAACGGUCAAUCAUGACUUGAUGCAUGUGAGCGACUGGCUACCGACUAUUGUAGCAGGUAUUGCAGGUGGAGCGUUGAAUGGAACCAAACCCUUGGACGGCUUCGAUGUGUGGAACUCUAUCAGUGGUACAGCUUCGUCCCCUCGAACAGAAAUCUUGCACAAUAUCGACCUGAAGAAAAAGCGACCUGCAAACGAGAAAUUUGAUACAUCAAUAAGAGCUGCGCUACGCGUUGGAGACUGGAAAAUAAAGACGGGCGCAGACUAUGACGUAACGACACACAACAAGUGGAUGCCACCACCCGAAUCCGGACUCGACACGAUAUAUCCGACAGAGAAACCGAACCAAAAGGUAUGGCUCUUCAACAUAACCGCCGACCCUCUGGAGCAAACCGAUCUUUCAGAAAAGUAUCCGGAUGUGGUCAACGAGCUUGUACAGAAAUUAGAGGAGUAUUACGAAGGUUCGGUUCCCAUGCGGUAUCCGGAUGAGGAUUUGGAAGCGGAUCCGGCUUUGCGUGGUGGUUCAUGGGGGCCAUGGAAGUAAAUCCAUAGCAAAUUUAGGCUGAAACUGCUUCAAUCGAUAGUGGUUCUUUUAGGACCCCCUCUCCUGAUAUAUAUAUAUAUAUAAUUAGAUACAUAACAUUCUUAAAAAUUUACACUGCAUGCAAAUGCCAGAUAAAGGGGGCAAAUGGGACACGUGCCCCCCCCCCCCCACACACACACACACACACUUCACCAAACAAUUGGGAAAUAUGGUAAGCAGACAAUGAGAAGAAGAAAACAAAAAAUAUGGGGAUGGAGAAAAGGAAUGCACAGAAAAGGACAGAUAAAAUGGGAAAGUAAACAGGAAGAAGACAAAUAUGAAGCAAGGGCUUAUUUAAUUGAUUUGUCAGAUAAUUUCGUAGCAAAAUGGCACUCCAAAAUCCAGAUGACAUUUCGAAAUUUCCCUCCGCCCCGUGCCAGGAAAUCUUAGGUCAACUAAUGCAUCUUGCGGUAACUACCCCACUAUUUAAACACAUCGGCUAACAAGACCGACAACAAGUAAUAUUACAUUACAACAAGUAUCCCUGUCUAUAACAAAUAACAAAGUUAGUUGUUAUUAACCUGUUGACUACUGAAUUCUCUAAUUCCCAUAGACUUAACACAGGGACCACCAGGUUCCAGUAAACAAUGGGUUAACAACGCCAAAUUAAUCUAAUUGACCUAGACAUCACGGAAGAGUCUGUUAAAAAGAAGAGUUAAAAAUGGAAUUUCAUUUAUAACUAUUAUUUCAUUUUCAAAAUUAUUGUAAGGUUUGAUUAGAACAUACUAUGAGUACUUUCUACACUCAGUUUAAACUAGAAAUAAGAGGGGAAAUUUAAUUAUUGGAGAUAUCUAAGUAUUGCUAGCUUGUUCCCUGUUCAAACAAAGUUUCUUGAGUUCAUUUAUGUUCCACCAGAGAAUUUAAAUCAUGAGAAACUUGUUCUUUCUUUCUAAUGACAGAAUUAUUUGAAUCUACGACAGGUUUGUUUGAACAUAUGCAAUGAUUGUACACUCAUACUGAUAUGAAAUUUACAAUACUCUUGUAUUUGGAAGAACGUGUGUUUCCUGAACUAAAAAAAAAAAAUCUGAAGUUGUUCCAAUUCACAAGAAAUGAGAUGAAUGGAGGUAUUGCCUUACAAACUAGAAGACAGUUAUAUAUAUAUAAUACAAAUUAAUGCAGAAUUAUUUGUAGAAAAAAAUUGGUGUAAAAUAUAUUAAUGGUUUCUACAUUUCGAUUUUAAACACGGUAAUUCGACAAAUAUGGCUCCUCUUAAAUUUAAAAUUAAGAUACCAAAUGUUUAUUUCAGACCUCUUUCAAUAUAAUAGUCAAAUUCAAAAUUAUAAUACCCGAUUUUGCAACAAAUUCCAUUUAUGGUCUGUUAAGUCUAGUUAUAAAGCUAAAUCAAAAAGUUAUCUAGGUCCUAAACAGUGGAAUAUGAUUCCCCAAGUAAUAACGAAAUCACAAUUCACAUCUUCCUUUAGAAAACAAUAUAAAAUCUUAUUACUAAAUAGUUAUUAAUCAUCACAGUUGUUCAUUUUGUUUUAUCUGAACCCCUUUCAUUGUUGUUUUUUAUUGCCCCCUUUAUAUAUAUAUAUUGUUUUCUUCUAUUUCACUUUCUCACGUAUUAUAGAUAGUUAAAGUGUCUGUACUUUGCUUAUUUUACUUAAUUUAUUGUUGUGUGCUAAUAAUGUUUUGUAUUUCUUUUCCCCCCUUUAUAUAUAUAUUUGUUUUUACUUCACUUUCUCUCGUAUUAAAGACAGUUGAAGUGUUUUUACUUUGCUUAUUUUACUUAAUGUUUUGUUGUGUGCUUUUAAUAUUUUGUAUUUCUAUUAUUGAUGAUCCAAUUUUACAGGUUUUUGCAACCUUCACGGAAAGCCCCGCAUAUAACCUUUGUAAAUGUAUUCAAAUUUACUGUUACCUUGUAUACUUUGAUUUUAUAUAUUGCGAAAUAAAAUUAAUUGAAUUGAAUUGAA